GUUAAAGAAAUGUUGAACUUUUCGCGCUAACCAAAAUCAUCGUGGAAUUGCAUCAAAAUAGGACAAAGAGGUGUGAAACAAAAGCAGUUCAGUGGAAAUAAUAAGAUUUAGAGACGCUGUGCAGAAAAGGCGCCAAAUAAAUAUAUCCGUGCAAAUGGAAAUGAGUUUUUGGGAUUUGUUUUACUCAUAUAUUUGUGUUCACUUGAAGCAUAAUGUCAAAACAGGCAUCGUUGUUGAAUUUUAUGUCUCGCAAUGAUAAAGACACCACCAAAACACUAAGCUCCAGUAAUUUUACGGCACCUGUAAAAUCAACAGGCAAGUUUAAAUUCAACAAAAAAUCGUCAUCACGAAUACAACCACAGACGAACACUGACGAAAAUCGUCCAUUGAAUACGAUUGAAAGUAAAGCAAAUGUUGAGAAUAAUUCUGUUAUAAAGCCAAUUGAUUGUGUUAUAAUUAGCGAUGAAGAGCAUAGUUUAAGUCCAGUGAAAAGCAUCAAAGCAACAAAAAUGGAUGAAAAUGAAGAUGAUAUGUUCAAAGAAUUCAAAUCAAAUGAUUUGUCAUUCACACGAGCAUCGUCAUUGGUGGGAAGUGAUUUGAAAACAAUGGACGACAUAUUUGCAAAGUAUGGAUCACCAGGUACCGAUAAUAAAUCCACAUUUGAUUCGUUGGAUAUUGAUAAAGCGCUCAAUUCAAAUGCGUCGUAUGUGAAUGCCAAGAAAAAACUCGAUGAAAACAUGGAACAAUUGCGAACGUCACCGAAGAAACCGAUCGGAACGAGCAAGUUCAAAUUUAAUACACGAUCAAAACCAACGACUUCAAGUGGUCAAAAUACAACUCUAGUGUCAGCACCCAGCACGAGCAACAGUACAAACAACAAUUUCACAUUUUCAAGCAGUAUUAUUGCGCGCGAUAAAACAUCGACCACGCCAUCGAUUUCGACAUCAAAUUCGAUUUCCAGUUCAUUGUCAACCACAGUUUCAAGUUCGAUAUACACGUUUUCUCCAGAGAAAAGCGUACGAAAUGACUCAACGUCGACAAAUACUUUACAAACCAAGUCGUCUUCAUCGAUAACAAACACACGAACUACAACAGUGCCAGUGCCAGUGCCAAUUGACAAUGGACCUGUUGAUUCAUGCAACGCCUUGGAAUCAUCAAAUGAUGAUCUUUCGUCGCCAACUACUUCGUCGAGUGGUACGAAGAAGGAUCCAUUUGCCCAAAUCGAUGCAUUCUUGAGUAAAGUAAAAGCCGGUUGUACGUCUUCGCCGCAAGUUCAAAAAAAUCUGCCCGAACUGCGGAAGCAUUCAACGCAAAUGGAACAAUUGUACAUCGAAUCUUUGGAGAAAUAUUGCGAAAUAUUUGAUUCACUACCUCAAACGACAAUGCAAGCGAUUUUCGGAAGUAAUGCGGAAACAUUCUACAAAUUGAAGGUGCAGAAACAAGGACUGAAGGCUAAAAUUGCAAUGAGUAAGAAAUCAAUAAGCAAAUUGGAAUCGGAGGAAGUGCACGAUCUUACUGAUUUUGAUGAUGUAAUGCCAGCCACCUCGUCAUCGAAUUACAGUAACGCAACGUCUUUCGAUAACACACGCCCAUCGACGUUUGAAUCUAUUAAGCCGUCCCUUUACGACUCCAAUCCAAAACCAAGCCCAACCAUUCAUGGUUUUGACGAGGAUAUUUUUGCCGAUGAAUGUGAUGAAUUCGACUUGUUAGUUUCACAAAGCGGUGACGCUAAGGGUCAAAGCUCAGGUAAUCUAACGAAUUACGGCUCACCGGUACCAACUACAACAUCGCAAAACAGUCAAAAAUCAAAUAGCAGCCACUUGGGCAAUUUCUACAGUGGCACGAAGAACGAUGGCCUCACUGGUGAAUUCGAUGGAUAUGGUUUUCCGCAUUCGGAAUUAAUGCAAACAUCAUUGCGAUACACGUUCGGCUUAAAAUCCUUUCGACCAAAUCAAUUGCAAGCGAUUAACGCAACCAUGUUGGGACUGGAUUGUUUUGUAUUGAUGCCAACGGGUGGAGGAAAGUCACUUUGUUACCAACUGCCAGCGACGUUAACGGAGAAGGUAACAAUUAUCAUCAGUCCGUUAAAAUCGCUUAUUUUGGACCAAGUAAACAAAUUGCAAGCUCUCGACAUCAAUGCAAAAAAUUUAAGUGGCGAACAAGCACUCCAAGACGUGAAUAACAUAUACAGGGAACUCGAUGCCUCACCACCAACCGUCAAAGUUUUGUAUGUGACACCGGAGAAAAUUUCCGCUUCAGCGCGACUCCAGGAUGUCAUGCAGAGACUUUACAAUAACCAGCGUGUCGCACGGUUUGUUAUCGACGAAGCGCAUUGUGUUAGUCAUUGGGGCCAUGAUUUCCGGCCGGAUUACACAAAGUUGGGUGUGUUGAGACAACGUUUUCCAAACGUGCCGGUCAUGGCAUUGACGGCAACCGCUACAACUCGUGUCCGAGCCGACAUUGUGCAGCAAUUGAGUUUGAAGAAUUGCAAAUGGUUUUUGAGCAGUUUCAAUCGGCCGAAUUUACAAUACAUGGUCAAAGCGAAAAGUGGUGUCAAAACAAUCGAAGAGAUCAAAGAAUUGAUCAAAACCAAAUUUCCACGUGCAUCCGGCAUCGUAUAUUGUUUGUCGCGCAAGGAAUGCGAUCAAAUGGCCGAAAGCCUUAAAGCCGUUGGCAUCAAAGCGGCUAGUUAUCAUGCCGGCUUGGCCGAUAAAAAGCGCGAAGAAGUACAAAAGGAUUGGAUUACCGACAAAUUCAAAGUUGUGUGCGCAACCAUUGCUUUUGGAAUGGGUAUUGAUAAGCCAGACGUGCGUUAUGUGCUACACUACUCGUUGCCAAAAUCCAUUGAAGGCUACUAUCAAGAAUCAGGCCGCGCUGGCCGAGAUGGCUUGAAGUCAAUUUGUAUUUUAUACUACAAUUACGGUGAUAUGAUGCGUUUGGUAAAAUUGAUGGAUUUGGAUGCGUCAAUUAGCUUGGAAGUGAAGCGUGUGCACACGAAUAAUUUGCGAAAAAUUGUUAAUUAUUGUGAAAAUGUUAUCGAUUGCCGGCGAUCAAUUCAGUUGAAUUAUUUUGCGGAGAACUUUACUCGCGAACAAUGCUUGGCCGAGCGGGACACCGCUUGUGAUAACUGCUUGAAUAACGACGGAGACGCCAAGUUUACCUUGAAAGAUGUCACCGAAGAAUGCAAAAAAGUAGUGAAAGCCGUACGCGAUUUAUGUAGCAAAGACUCACAACGUGUUACAUUACUGCAAAUGGUGGAAGUUCUAUUGGGAAAAACGGUGAAAAAUGUUGUGGCAAACGGUUUCCACGAAUCCACACAUCACGGUUUAUUAAAGUCGUGGUCUAACUCGGACGUUCAACGCUUACUACAUAUGCUUGUUCUGGACGAUUAUUUGCGAGAGGCUUUGAUUUUUGUACGAGAUAUUCCACUGGCCUAUUUGAAGAUUGGCGUUCAAGUCGAAAAGCUUAUGAAAGGAAAUGUACGAAUUCAAUUUGCCACUGAGAAUGCGAAAGGCAAAAAGAGUAAAAAGACUGAUGUCAAUCUCAAAGACAACAGAGCCAACUCGUCAACAAAUGAAGAGGUCAAGCGUAUCCAAGAGCAAUGCUAUCAAGAUUUGCUACAGAAAUGUCACGAUAUGGCACAGGCACGAAAUGUUACGGUUGGCAGUGUUAUGAAUAAUCAAGCACUAAAAAUAAUGGCUGAACAAAUGCCAACGACCGAAGCUGAAAUGAUGAAAAUUCCGCACGUCACCAAGGCCAAUUAUGAGAAAUAUGGAAAAGAAUUGUUGGACAUUUUGGAGCAUCACAGUGGCGAAAAGGCAUUGGUUGAAUUGGAUAUGGAUGCAUUAGAGCAACAAAUUGAAGAUACAUCAGAUCCAUCUGAUCAUGAUAUGACGAAUUGGUCAUCGUUGGCAUCAUCGGCUGGAACUAGUGCCGGUAGUGGUGGAAUGGGCGGAAGGAAGCGAAAACGGGGUUUCUCCAGUUUUCGUCGGAAGAAAGGCACCACCAAAAAAGCAGGCACACCGAAGAAACGACGUACAGCUGCGAGAACACCAGCGAAGAAAACAACAAAAACAACCACUGCAAAUCGAGGAGGAAGUAAAUUUACUCUACUCAAACCUCGUGUUUUCAAUACAUAAUCAAAUCAUAAAAAAAUAAUAAUUGAUAAGUUGUUAUUGUUUAAAUUGCUCUCUCAUAAUUCAAAAUUUUUAUAUGUGCACUUUUUAAAAAAGA